GUCGACGGCAAAGGAUGCGGCUGACCCAGUCCGGGCUCGUUGCGGCGUUUGCGUCUGCGAACAUCGACCUUGAAGCAGAAGACGGUGUCGUGGGACGGUGUCUCAACAUCUGUGCCCUCCAUGGCCUCUCUGCUGAUGAGCUGCUCAACUCGUGGGAUGCGUAUGUGUGCAAUCACCCGGAGGCCCAUGCCCUGACUCUGGACCACCUCGACAUUCUCGCCGCAGAGCUGCAGACAAAGGCCGACAGGGCUCAGUUCAAGGCCGCAUCCAAGCCCCAACAGGCCGACGACUAUGACAUCUCAAACAUAUCCGCUCUCCUUCCACCGCCGACCACCGACAUGUUUGCGGCGUACGACGUGCCGAACGAAGAGCUGAAGAAGACUGUCUGGGCUGACGCUCGCUCGCCGGUCAAGGCCAAGCCGGUCUCGCGGGUGGCGGCCAUGCGUGGGAAGGACGCCGGAGUGGCCCAGGGCGGCGAGGCUGGCCUGGCACCGGCUGGCUCGCCGUCGUCGCGCUACCGCAACAGGCAGAACGCAGGACAGGUUGUUGACGUGCUCAACCCGCGGGUGGCGCCCAAGGACUACCGGCUGGAGACGUCGGCGGCGCGAGUGACGCUCGCCCUGGAGCAAGAGUUCCACAACUUCCGCUACAUGUACGACAAGAUCGGCGGCAAGGUGACGAUGCUUGAGGAGCGGACGCGGGUGCUUGGCGACGAGCUGCUGGCCGACGCACAGCUGCCGGACCCGCUCUCGCUCGCCGUUCCGCGACAGGAGCCGUUUGUGGGCCUCGGCCGCGUCUGCUGCGACUCUGAGGGCAAGCUCAACGACAAGUCGGUCAUGCUCGAGGGCUCUGCCAAGCUCUGCUCGGGCUUCCGCGUUCCGCUCGACCUCUCGCACCUUCCCGAAUUCUCGCUCUUCCCAGGCCAGAUCAUCGGCGUCGAGGGCCUCAACCUGACCGGCGCCUCGAUGCUCGCCGGCCAGAUCUACACACCGCCGUCGGCGCCCAAGCCGACCACCGAGCGCGACACGCUCGCCAUCUACCACCACUACGGCGGCGAGCUAGUCGUCGGAACCAACGCCGACGGGUCCGACAAGACCCAGGAGUUUGAGUUUAUGGAGGGCAAGCCGCUGGCCAUCAUUGUCGCCGGCGGCCCGUAUACCACCUCAGACGGCCUCGACUUUGCCCCGCUCCGCGACUUGCUUGCCCGCAUCGUCGCCGAGGCGCCGGACGUGGCCAUUCUCAUGGGGCCCUUCCUCAACGAGGGGCACCCGGCGCUCGAGGACCCGAUGCUCGAGGCCACCUACGAGGAGCUCUUUGAGCAGCGUAUCGCCGCCGUCAUCAACGCCGAGAUGGAGGGCAUCGCCACCCGCUUUGUCCUCGUCCCCUCGCUCCGCGACAUCCAGCACGACCACGUCUUCCCGCAGCCGCCGCUGCCGGCAGACCUCGGUCUCGCGCCCACGGUUUCGCGGCUCUCCAACCCGUGCGUCUUUUCCAUCAACGAGAUGGUCGUUGCCGUCUCAACCAACGACGUCCUCAUGGCGCUCUCGUCCGAGGAGACCUUCCGCGUCCCGCAGGGCGCGCCGUCCGACCGCAUGACCCGCCUCGUCCGCCACAUCAUCUCGCAGCGUUCGUUCUACCCGGUCUUCCCGCCGCCGCCCGGCUCGCAGCUCGACUUUUCCCAGUCGCGCCUCCUCAAUCUCGGUGCCACUCCCGACAUUCUCAUCCUCGCCUCGGACCUCCGCUACUUUGUCAAGGACGUCGACGGCGCCGUCGUCGUUAACCCGGGCCGCCUCACCGUCGGCUCGGCCGGCGGCACCUUUGCCCGCCUCACCGUCCAUCCCAUGCCCGAAGACGACAUCGGCGAGGGCGAGGAGGAGAUCGAGCACAACGUCGCCGCCCGCUGCCGCGCAGAAAUCAUCCGCAUUUGAUCACUCGUGCUCCCUGCUACAGCGUAAACUCUCACUCACCUU